UUUUUUUUUUGUUAAUGUUCAAGUUAAGGGGGUUUUGUAUUUUGCCUCAUCUUCCUUUGAUCUACUUUGUCCCUUUCCUCCAAAUCUAUUCUCUCUCAAAAUCGAUUCAGCGGAUUGAAAAACAAACUCUUUUCUGUAACAGCGAAAAAGAAAGCGCUUUCAGGCCAACCCCACUUCAUCCCCAGCUUCCAAACUUUCCCCUUUCCCCUUCAAUCUCCAUCUUCUUCUUCUUCUUUCUCCAUUUCUUUUUCUCUGUAAUUCCCUCAUUACAAUGCUGGGUUUAGCCCCUCACUUCUGUUUUCCCACCAUUUUCCCCGGAUCCGCCAUAGCCAUGGAUCAUCCCUCUGCUUCUCGCCCCUCCUCUUCCCUUCACUUCUCUGUUCUCCGAUCGCGUCCCAUUCCGGUUCGCUCUCGCCGCCCCAAGUCGAUCCUCAUUUCUUGCCACUCUUCUCGUGAUAGAUCCACCCACAGUCAUGAUGAUGAUUCUCAUCAGGAUUAUUUCGAAGCUUCGUUUCUUGUUUCAGAGACUAUCUAUCACUAUCGAAUGUGGAAGAAGAGGUUCCAAGAGGACGCGACUUUCAACCAGAGAGAAUCAUCGCGUGUCAAUUCUCAUUCACUUGGACUGGGGUUUUUUAGACGUUUUCGAAGCCCAACUGUGUUUCUCAAAAUUUCUUGCAAUGGAGACUUUCUACUGCCAAUUGUCGUAGGAGAAUAUGCUAUCGAGAAACUUAUUGAUUGUCAGCUUGGGAUUGAAAAUGGGGAGGCCCCGGAUAUCUUUCAGUUUAUACAAGAUCUCAUUGUGAAAGUUGGCUAUGAGGCCACCACAGCGAGAAUUACUGAAAGAGUGGUGAACACUUACUUUGCCCGGCUCUUCUUAAGAAAGGAAGGGGAAAAUGAGAUGUUAAGUGUGGAUGCACGCCCCUCAGAUGCCCUAAAUAUUGCAUAUCGGUGUAAGAUACCGGUUCUUGUUAGUAAGCAGAUUGUCUUUGAGGAUGGGAUAAGAGUUAGUUACGGGUUUGGAAGAGUGCACGAGAGGAAGUCAUGUUUUGAUGUUUUACUUGACUGUGCUGCAGAUGGCCCAGAUUUCUUGUCCGAGGAACUUGAUAUGCUGAAGAAUAUGAAAAUGGCUAUUUAUGAAGAACGGUACAAAGAUGCAGCCAUGUGGAGGGAUAAGUUAACAAAGCUCCGCAAGUCGGUACAUGAGGCGUAACUUCGACAUUCCAACUACAUUUAUCUACACUUGGACUUGUUCCUGUAAGUAACUCUCAGUAAUCAACUGCUGUACGGGGAGAAGUACCAUAUGGCGAAAUUGUGUUUGAAUUUAAUACUGCAUCCUAACAGGGCGACUCUUCUGUUGGGUGGGAAUUGUUUCGCUCGCAGGCAUCUCUUUGAACAUUCAAUUCAGCAUUGGAUGGAUUAACACUGAGCGGACUGUUAUGCAUCGUUGCAGAAAUUAUUGAUAGUGUACAGUUACAGUUAAGAGUAUGUAAAUAUUACGUUCGGGUAGUCAAUGUGUUGUAUCUCUAAGAUUUGAAUGAGAUGGCUGAUAUUCUUUUCAGCUUUAAGUUUGCAGAGAAUGCUAACAUGAAAAGGAAGCUUUUGUAUAUUCUAACAAAGUCGUCUCGUUCCUCUCA